AAAAAAAAACCUUGCAUUUGCAUACCUACAUACGAGAAAAAGAAAAUAAAAAACCGAAUUUUCACAUCAAAAGAUAUACAAAAAAUGCUCAAUCAUAAAACAACCCAACACUCUCUAAAAUCAAUUUAACUUUAAAUUAUUGAAUUAAACUCAUUGCCAAAAACUAGCUAUCAAUCAUCUAAAAAUUAAGUGUAAAAAAGACUUAACCAAAAAUUUGCUCAAAUGGACAAAAUUUAUUAUCAUCAUUUGCGCAAAAUUCACUUUAACAAUUUCUCUAUUGCUACAAAUUUAGAGAGAAUAUCGAAAUAAAAAAUUCUUAUCAUAAUUCGAAUUUUAUGAUAAAAGCUUAGUAAAAUAAAAAUUUAGUUCGAUACCAAAACAUAGAACUUUUCAAAAAAACGAUUAAAUAAAAAACAAAAACCAAAAAUGUAUUUACGAGAUUUAGACGAAAUGAGUGACUCAGAGACUGAACUAUUAUUACAUCCAUCGAAUUCGGUAUCUAGCGUUGGCGGGGGUGACAGUGCCAAUGGAGCAGGUGAUGGCAAUGGUUAUCGAAUGCGAAUGGCAAAUGAAACCAACAAUAACAAACGAAUGGACGGUGGCGGCGGCAAUGCCAUCAGUAGACUUUUUGGUUUUGGUCAAAGUCGAAGUGGAAGUGGCGGCAGUGGCAACAACACAAGCAGACAAACCGGACAGGUUCGUCUCAGAAAUGAUAGCAGAAGUAGAGAACGUGUCACACUUGUAUCAUUGCCAGCCACAGCUACAACAACGACGUCAGCAUCAGAAUAUCACGUAAACUACUCCUCCACCAGUGUUGGCGGCAAUUCAGUUGCUUCAGCCGCCGCCACUACAACAAAUAAUACUGGCAAUGGAGGAGCUAGUAAUAUAAUAAAUCCAUCAUCUAAUCAACAAACUCCAAAUACGGUUUUCUAUCAUCGCAAUCGUCGGCGAAAAUCAUCGUCAUCUCACAGAAAUCUGGCCAGUUAUUGUAGAACUAUAUUUUGCGGCUGUUGGGGUCGUGCGUGGCGAAAAUGGUUUUCAGCCCGUGAACUUCGCGCCCGGACCGUCUGUUUGGGACGUCCGACCAGCGAUAAAUUCCCACCAAAUGAAAUUCGCAAUCAGAAAUACAAUUUCCUAACGUUUCUGCCGUUGGUACUCUUCGAGCAGUUUCGUUUCUUUUUGAAUUUGUAUUUUCUGUUAAUGGCUCUGAGUCAAUUCAUUCCCGAUAUACGUAUUGGCUAUCCCUACACAUACUGGGGACCAUUAUGUUUUGUGCUAAUGGUUACAAUAUGUCGUGAAGCUGUCGACGAUGUGCGUCGACAUCAACGUGAUCAUGAAGUAAAUUCACAAAAAUAUAAACGUUUGGUAGUAUUGGGCGAACAUGGCUAUGAAAUGGUAUCAUCGUCAAAGCUUAAAGUUGGCGAUGUUAUUAUUGUGGAGAAGAACGAACGUGUACCGGCCGAUUUGAUUUUAUUGCGAACAAGUGACAAGAGCGGAUCGGUUUUUGUUCGAACUGAUCAACUUGAUGGUGAAACUGAUUGGAAACUACGUCUUGCUGUGCCUCUAACUCAGAAACUCAACAAGGACUCGGAUCUAUUCAGUAUUGACGCAAAUGUCUUUAUAGAAAAACCCCAAAAAGAUAUUCAUUCGUUUAUUGGAACAUUUGCUAUGCAACAUGGCUGCGAAGAGAGCAGUUUAAAUGUGGAAAACACUUUGUGGGCAAAUACAGUUGUGGCUGCUGGUACAGCAACAGGAAUUGUCAUCUACACUGGCUGUGAAACUCGCAGUGUUAUGAACAAUUCUCAACCACGUUCAAAAGUUGGCCUCCUUGAUAUGGAAAUCAAUGGGCUUACAAAGGUCCUUUUCUGUGCCGUACUUGGUCUAUCAUUAGUCAUGAUGAUCUUGAAGGGAUUCAAUGGUCCAUGGUAUCGUUAUAUGUUCCGUUUUGUUUUGCUCUUCUCCUACAUCAUUCCCAUUAGUUUGCGAGUGAAUUUGGAUAUGGGCAAAGCCUUUUAUUCUUGGCAAAUGCAAAAUGAUCCAGAAAUUCCAGGCACUGUUGCCAGAUCAACAACAAUUCCUGAAGAACUUGGUCGUAUAUCUUAUGUCCUAACUGAUAAAACAGGAACAUUGACACAAAACGAAAUGGUCUUCAAGAAGAUUCAUUUGGGUAUUGUGUCGCAUGAUAGUGACACAUUCCAUCAUAUUGGAACAAUUAUACAAAGUUUAUCAUCACUGAUAAUGAAUGGGCCAGAUAAUUCAGCACCAACGAAACCGUUAAAGUUUGCCGGCAGUCGAAUGAGACGUCCUGAAGGAUGGCGUGAAUGGGAAGCUGUUAAAGCUUUGGCUUUGUGUCACAAUGUGACUCCAGUAACUGAUGACGAUACCGGUAGCAUUAGCAGUGUCAAUAGCAAGGGCAAUUCUCCCACAAAAUCAGUCAUCAAUAUGGAAGAUAAAAAUUCUGACGACGAGAUCACUUAUCAGGCUUCAAGUCCAGAUGAAAUUGCAUUGGUCAAAUGGACAGAACAAGUUGGUCUGACUUUAAUCGCAAGAGAUGUAAAUUCAAUGACUCUUCAACUAAAAGCACCCAAAUCGACAGAAAAGAAUAUCAUGUAUUUGCGCAGAGAUGAGCAAUCUUCAUCACCAUCGACCAGCAGUGCAAGUACUGCAUCUCUAAGUUCAAUGAACACCGGAGGAAAUAGCAAAGAGGGUUUGUUGCACUUUCAGAUUUUGCAAAUCUUUCCAUUUACCAGCGAAUCCAAACGCAUGGGAAUCAUUGUGAAGGAUAGUCACUCUGGAGAGAUAACAUUCUAUCUAAAAGGCGCCGAUGUGGUUAUGGCAUCGAUUGUUCAAUACAACGAUUGGUUAAAUGAAGAAUCUGGUAAUAUGGCCAGGGAGGGAUUGCGAACUUUGGUUGUCGCUAAGAAGGUCCUCUCCGAGGAACAAUACAAUGACUUUGAGACACGAUACAAUGCAGCACGUCUGAGUGUUUCGGAUCGUGUGGCUAAAGUUGCAGCUGUGAUUGAAUCGCUCGAACGAGAGCUUGAACUUGUCUGCUUGACUGGAGUUGAAGAUCGUCUGCAAGAAGGCGUACGACCAACUUUGGAAUUGCUGAGAAACGCUGGAGUUCGAGUUUGGAUGUUGACGGGAGAUAAAUUAGAAACUGCUUGUUGUAUUGCUAAGAGUUCCCAGCUAAUUGGACGUAAUCAGGGUUUGCAUGUGCUGAAAAGUGUUAAGACUCGCACAGAUGCCCAUGUGGAACUAAAUCAGUUCCGUCGUAAGCAGGGAUGUGCUUUGGUAGUUUCGGGUGAAAGUUUGGAAGUCUGCCUUCAGUACUAUCGACCUGAGUUUAUGGAACUUGCUACUGCUUGCCCAGCAGUGGUUUGCUGCCGAUGCAGUCCCACACAAAAAGCCCAAGUAGUGUCUCUAAUUCAAGAUCAUACAGGUAAACGAACGUGUGCAGUUGGUGAUGGAGGUAACGAUGUGAGUAUGAUUCAACAAGCCGACGCUGGAGUUGGUAUCGAAGGAAGAGAAGGCAGACAGGCGUCUCUUGCCGGUGACUUUAGUAUCCCACAAUUUUCGUACAUCUCUAAAUUAUUACUGGUGCAUGGAAGAAGAUCUUACAAACGAUCUGCAGCACUUUCACAAUUUGUUAUACAUCGUGGCCUCAUCAUAACAACCCUACAGGCUGUGUUCUCUGCGGUAUUUUAUCUAAGCUCAGUUGCUCUGUACCAAGGUUUCCUUAUGGUUGGUUAUUCAACAUUGUACACAAUGUUUCCAGUGUUUUCGUUGGUGCUGGAUCAGGAUAUAACAUCGAUAACGGCAACAACAUAUCCGGAAUUAUAUAAAGAUUUAUCUAAAGGCAGAAGUUUGAGUUAUAAAACAUUUUUCAUAUGGGUUUUGAUAAGUAUUUAUCAGGGCGGUGUGAUUAUGUAUGGAGCUUUGAUUUUGUUUGAAGAUGAAUUUAUACACAUUGUUGCAAUUAGUUUUUCGGCAUUAAUUUUAACAGAAUUAAUUAUGGUUGCAUUGACAAUACGUACAUGGCAUCGAUUAAUGGUUCUUGCAGAGUUAUUCAGUUUAACGCUUUACCUGUUAUCACUGGCUGUGCUCCAUGAAUAUUUUGAUUGGGAGUUCAUUUGGUCGUAUGAUUUCCUCUGGAAGGUUUCCAUUAUUACCCUAAUUUCAUGUCUACCACUUUAUAUCAUUAAAUUCCUGCGAAAGAAAUGUUCGCCACCAUCUUAUUUGAAGCUCUCAUAAAUUUAAAAAACAAAAAUUAUAAUACAAAAAAAAAAAAAAAACAACAAACUGAAUAUUCUAAAUUAAGCUGACAUCUCUACCUUCAAUUAUUUUCCAACAAAAAACAAAAAAUAAGACAAAAAAAAAACGGGAAUGCAUAUUGUUAUCCUUUUUUUUAUUUUAUUUUUACUGUUUUUUUUUUAAUUCCCAAUUCUAAUUUAUAACCAUUUUAUUUUUACGAAAGAAGAGAAAAAAACAAAAAAACGAAAAAUAAAUUUAGCAAAUUGUUUUUAAUUGUUUUGCAAUAAUAAUUUUUCUUUUUGGAGUAUCAGCUUUUUAAUUUAUUAUUUCAUUAUUUACUACAUACUUUUAACUAUUAAAUACCCAAACAAAGUUGUUGCGUGAUAUUUUCGUUUUAUGUUGAAACAAUUUAUAUAUAUUUUGUUUGUGUAUUCAAUGAUUGUUUUCUUUUUUCGUUUAGUAAAAAUAAUUAUUAUAAUAAAUUAUGUAUUAAAUGUUUUUAAAUUAUGUUUACAAAGCACAUUUAAUGAAACAAAAACAAAAAACUGGGCUUCUUUUUAUUAAAAAUUCGAUAUAAGAAAAUCAAAAAUAAAAUUAGAAGACAAACAAAAAAAAAAUUAAAAAGCGUUUCCAAACGACCUAUGUUGUUAGUUAUUUAUAUAAAACAAAAACAAAACAAAAAAUGUGAAAAUGAAACAAUUAUUAUUACAUAAUAUAUUAUAUUAAACAAACAAAUAAAAAAAUAAAAGAAGAUACAAUUAUGAAGAUAAUUUAGUUUUUAAUAUUAAAAUAUAAUAAUUAAACAUUUUCUUAUUUGUAAGUUCAAAAAUAAAAUCUAUAUAUUAUAUAAAAAAUAAAAUAAAACAAAAAUAAACAAUAAUUUAAAAUUUAA